AUGGCGGAUGCAUCGAAGAUGAACGUGGACACGCCCAACAGACCAAAUGCGACUACAACCAAAGUACAACAGCCCAAACCCCAAGCCCUUCCAAAUCGCGCCGCCCCUUCUGCCAUCCUUGUCUCGUCUCGCCAGAAAGGAAACCCAAUACUGAACCAUGUGAAGCUAGUGCCGUGGGAAUAUGCGGAUAUACCGGCUGAUUACGUCCUGGGUGCUACAACCUGCGCUCUAUUCCUCUCGCUGAAGUACCAUCGACUCCAUCCUGAAUACAUCUACUCUCACAUCCCGAAUCAUGAAGAAACGUUGAAAGAAUUAUCCAAAACAUCUAUAGUCAACAACGUGACUCUGAUAUUAUGCUGGUCAGCGCCUGAAGCAGCACAUUAUCUGGAACUUUUCAAGUCUUCUGAAAACGCUCAACCGACGGCUAUUCGCUCGCAACAAGCGCAGUCCUAUCGAGAAAGCGUCAUUGAGUUCAUUACUGCACCACGAAGCGUGAACAAAUCCGAUGCGGCGAGUUUAAUGUCUACAUUUGGCAGUCUGCAGGCAGCUGUGAAUGCACAACCGGAACAGAUCAGUGCUGUUCCUGGAUGGGGGGAGAAGAAAGUGAAACAAUGGUGUACCGCCGUUCGAGAGGACUUUAGAGUUGAGUCUUCCAGGAAAAAGGUUGCUCUGCCUAGAGACUUGGGUGCUGCUGUUGGAAAUGGUGCGGGUACGACAUCGGCAGCGGGCGAUGUUGACGAAGACGUUGAAGAUAUUAUAGAUGAUGAGAAUGCUGAAUAUAUUCUGCUUGCUUCAGCUCGUAAAGUCCGUGAACUGCAGAUUGAGCAACAGGCACCAAGCGAAGGGCCGCCGAAGAAGAAAGAUCAACAAGAAGAAGGCUUGAGUGAAGGGGUCAUGGAUGCGCUAGCCAAAUUACGGAAACAUGGUGCUUAA